AUGUUAAAGAUUUUACUGAAAUCUUAUAUCAACUAAUUUGCACACUUACUUCUCAAGAGAGGAUCGGAAUAUUUACAUUUCCAAAUCAUAAAUUUUAAGAAUGUCAAAUCAAAAUUUAGUGAGAUUAAUAAUAACAAACUUUUGUAUUUAUCCAUUGUUAAAGUGUAUCAUAUAAAAGUUAGUCUUCAAUUCAUAAUAUUAUGAGGAUUCAAAAUGAGAAAUAAUACAAGAAAACUUGAAUUUUUUAAUGAAAAAGUUAUAUGUUUUAAUUAUAUAUAUCAGUUAUAGUUUGUAAUGUAUUAAAAGUGAAGAAGUAAUGAAUAAGACUUGUGAUCACUGGUAAACGACGAUUAGAAGAUUAUGAACGGAAUGACAAUAAUUAAAGAUUAAAAGGAUUUAAAAUAAAAUAUUCUUUAAUA